AUGACAGGACGCAGACAUGACUCGACCCGCGGAUGGGGCAGAGGCAGAGGGGGCUGGGAUCGUCCAAGGGGUUCAACCAUCUCAGUCGUGACAGAGCCGCCUGCGCCAGCCGUGGGACAACUAUUGGCGACAAUUCGCAGAAGCGAACUGAACCCGUCCUCAACCUCAUCAUGCGUCCAGAAAGCGGCGAAGAUUACCGAAGCCAAGUUGGUAGGGUCUUACAACUGGCUUAACCGGAAGAGCCCAACAAUCCUUGUUCCAGGCUCUCCUCCAGCCUGGACUCCGGCUGCAAACGCAGCACGAUAUGCCGACCAUGUCUUUCAGCCUGCACUAGAGGCAAUCCUCAAGCAGGACUCUACGUACGAUUUCAACAAGAUCGAUGUUGUAGCAUGCGGUAGUACUCUCGGUAACCUUCGUCGAUUCAUCGCGGAGCCCGGCAAAGCGUUCAGGAUUGUGGUUGAAGCGAUUGGUUCGGCUGUCUUCCUGGUGCGACGUGAAAAUUCGCCAACGCAGGCCAUCCCAGACGUUCGUGGGUACGGGCAUACCUUUCCAGAGGCAAACACUACCUGGAAUUCUGAAGUCAAAGGGUCGGAGUCGCAUCAGAGAGUCCUCCAGUAUAAGUUCGCCGGCUUAUCUUGCCUCGUCCGUUACGAGGGCGAUGGGUAUCUCCCGAACCUCUACCAGCCACCCGAUUCCCGUCAAGAAUUUGCGGCGACUACUCCUGAUAAUUUGCUCGCGCCGCUUGAAGAGACCACAGUGAGUUCAGUCCGGUCUGAAGUGGGAAAGCCCCUUACCACUGAGACCGGAGGAGUUGUGAUCCCGCAGUCGGCCAUGUUCGAUCUGAAAACCAGAACCGUGAUGAAACAAUACUCCGAGGUUCUGAACGGCGAGCUUCCCCGACUAUGGCUCGCUCAAAUUCCGAACUUUGUCAUCGGCUUCCACAAGUACGGUGUGUUUGAGGAUGUGCGCGUCGAAGAUGUCCGUGAUGAGGAAGUUGUGUUCGAAGGCUCAGACGGCAACGGUGAGUUGGAACUGAGAGAGGUCGGAGGCGAGGUCAAUUGCUGUAUUUCGGAUUCAAUCAAGACACGCUUGACGGUGGGAGAAGCAAAUUCAGAGGACAGGAAGGACGAAGAAAGUUCAAAUGAAGAAAGCGAUGAUGGAUGGGAGGAGCGAUGGAAGGAGCGGGACCAAGACUCGGACUUUGGUGGUGACUCGGGCUCUGAGAAGGAUUUCACGGCCUGCUCCGCGAGCUCCUGUGGCUACUGCGGCCGUUGCGGAUAUUGA